AUGACUAUCAGACAUGAUACCCUCACUGAGGCGAAACCCGAGCCGCAGCAGCCUUCGCAGGCAAAGCUGUUUACGCUCGAUGAGAUGAUCCGCCGGCGUGCGGUGGAACUUGGUGAUGCAGUUGUUUUCGGAGCGCCGGAGAAGGGUGUGGAUGAUUUUAGGGAGCAUAGUGCUGUUGAUAUUGAUCGGUAUGCUGAUGCGGCUGUUGCGAGGUUCUUGAGUCUGGGACUCAAGUCUGUGGAUCCUACUCUCGAGAAAGCGCCUGUUGUCGGUAUGCUAGGGCAAUCAGGAAUUCACGUCAUCGUUCAAAUUGUCGCUUUAAACCGUCUCGGCUAUUCGGCGUUUCUCAUCUCAACGCGUCUUGCUUGUCCUGCUAUUACACAACUUUUGAGUCUAGCAGACUGCAACAUUAUUCUCACUACACCAACUUUCCAUCCCGUACUAGGAGAGGUCCAACAAAAUCGCCAACUGGAGAUAUUACCUUUAUUCCAACCCGACGAUGUCUUCAGGCAUGAUGCGCCGCGCUUUGUAAGAGACUAUUCUCCCGAAGCAGAAUCUCGCAAAGUAGCAGUCAUAAUCCACUCCUCAGGCUCAACCGGUCUACCAAAGCCCAUUUACCUUACCAAUGGAAGCUGUAUUGGUGCAUUUGCGGUGCACAUGAACAUGCGCGGCUUUCUCACAUCGCCAUUCUUCCACAGCCAUGGUUUUUACGAAGUGUUCAGAUCGAUUUACUCCGGCAAGCAGAUUUACUUUACGAAUUACAACCUACCACUUACGCGAGAAACGGUCAUGGCGCAGCUUAGAGCUGUCAGGCCUGAGAUCUUUCACUGUGUGCCUUAUGUUAUUAAGCUUCUUGCUGAAAGUGAGGAGGGGAUUCAGAUGUUGGUGGAUAUGAAGAUGGUAUUGUACGCGGGCAGUGGAUGUCCUGAUGAUUUGGGCGAUAGACUUGUUGAACGGGGUGUUAACCUCUGCGGAAACUAUGGAGCAACUGAGACUGGAAGAUUAGCUACUUCCCAACGUCCAGAAGGCGAUAAGGCAUGGAAUUACAUCCGCAUCCUCCCACCCGCCCAACCAUACACCACCUUCGACGAAGUAGCCCCGGGCCUCUUCGAAUGCAUAGCCCUAGACGGCCUUCCUUCAAAAAGCACCACAAACUCCGACGAUCCACCAGGCUCAUUCCGCACGCGCGAUCUUUUCCACCGUCAUCCAACACGUCCUGAUUUAUGGAAAUUCGCCUGUCGCCUAGACGAUCGCUUCACACUAAUCAAUGGCGAAAAGGUCCUACCUCUCCCCAUUGAAGGACGCAUUCGUCAAGAAGAAAUCGUUAAAGAAGCCAUUGUUUUCGGAGACGGGAGGACAUAUCCUGGAAUUCUGAUCGUUAAGGCUGAUCGUGUGAACGAAAUGUCUGACGAGGAGUUUUUGGAAGCGAUUUGGCCUUCUGUUGAGGACGCUAACUCACGAGCGGAGAGUUUCUCAAGAAUUCCGAAGGAGUUGGUUCUUGUCGUUUCCGCGGAUGUGGUGUAUCCCAAGACUGAUAAGGGCACGUUUAUUCGAGUUCCUACGUAUCAGCAAUUCGAGAAGGAGAUUGACGCUGCGUACAAACGCUACGAAGGAACCGACGAAACAGCAGGUUCUCUCAACCUUUCCGGUCAAGAGUUGGAGAACUGGCUUCUGGAACAGCUCAAGACCAAAUGCGGUGUCGAACUUGAGUCUUCAGAAGCAGAUUUCUUCGCAGGUGGUGUGGACAGUCUGCAAUGUAUCCAAAUGUGGAGUCUCAUCAAGCGAGAAAUUGACCUCGGAGGCAAUCAGUCUUCUCUCGGACAGAAUGUGCUGUACGAAACUGGUAAUGUCAAGUUACUGGCUCGACAGCUGGAGAGAUUGAGGAGUGGUGCUGGGGAUGAGGGGGAGGAUCAGUUGAAGAUUAUGGAGGGUCUUGUUGAGAAGUAUUCUUCGUUUAGACCGCAUGUGCCUGGGUCUGUUGGUCAGCCUGAGAAGGAGCUUGUGCUACUUACUGGUGUAACCGGUGCACUCGGCGCACAUACCCUCGCCCAACUAACAGCCCGACCCCACGUCGGCGCAGUCUGGGCACUCGUCCGCGCCUCAAGCGACCACGCCGCCAGCGACCGCCUCGAAAAGUCCCUUCAAACUCGCUCUCUCACGCUCUCUGACUCGCAACGCGGCAAAGUCCUUGCUUUACCCUGCGAUCUCAGCCGUCCAGACCUCGGUCUCAGCGAAUCCCACAUCACCGAGCUCCAAAGCAAACUCACAACCAUCAUCCACAGCGCAUGGGCCGUAAACUUCAACAUUUCAGUUCAAAGCUUUGAGGAUCAACAUAUCAGAGCAGUGCACAACCUUAUUCAGCUAAGUCUUGAUGUGAAGACUCCUCAACCUGCCAAGUUCUUCUUCUGCUCGUCCGUCUCAUCAGCUGGCGGUACACCAAGACCUGGAGAGGUGAAGGAAAGCUUAGUACCGAGUCCGGCGCAUGCACAGCAUACUGGGUAUGCUAGAUCCAAAUAUGUUGCUGAGCAUAUCACCGGUAAUGCAUGCAAGGCAGGUGCUAGGGCGAGGGUGUUGAGGUUGGGACAGCUUGUUGGUGACACUAAGGUUGGAGAGUGGAAUACUACUGAGGGUAUUCCUUUGAUGAUUCAGACUGCUGUUACGCUUGGUGCUCUUCCAGCGUUGAACGAGGAAAUGAGUUGGCUACCAGUUGAUCUCGCAGCAUCAACAAUCCUCGACCUAUCCACCACAUCCCGUCCAGAUUACAGUCUAGUCUACCACAUCCUCCAUCCCCAACGCUUCCACUGGGGUAAGCAGAUGCUUCCCGCCAUGAAAGCAGCAGGCUUCAAAUUCGAAACCCUCCCAACAAGCGAAUGGAUGGACCGUCUGCGCUCCUCUGAUCGUGACCCUGCCAAGAAUCCUCCUAUCAAGCUGUUAGACUGGUUUGAGAGCAAGUACGGUAACAAAGCUUCUACAAAAGCUGAGACUGGACCCUUGGAUUACUUGACGGAGAUUUCGAGGGAGGAUAGUGCCACUUUGAGGAAUGUGCCUGAUGUCACGGAUGUGGAGUAUGUGAAGAUGAUGCUUGGACGGUUGCAGAAACGGUGGGAACAAGGUGCUUAA